CCCAGAACGCCCGAGGGAGGAUGGACCGGCUGAUCUUCUCCCUGUUGGUGCUGGCCGUCUCCACCAGGGGGCAGUUGUGCCCCAAGCGCUGCAUGUGCCAGAACCUGUCCCCCUCGCUGGCCAUCCUCUGUGCCAAGACGGGCCUACUCUUCGUGCCCACCGUCAUCGACCGGCGCACCGUGGAGCUGCGUCUCACUGAGAACUUUAUCACAGCCAUAAGGAGGCGGGACUUUGCCAACAUGACUAGUUUGAUCCAUCUGACGUUGUCCCGCAACACCAUAAGCCAGAUCAUGCCUUACACCUUCGAGGACCUCAAGCGGCUGCGAGCACUGCACCUGGACAGCAACCGGCUGAGUGUGAUCAGGGAUGACCACUUUCGGGGGCUCACCAACCUUAGGCACCUGAUCUUGGCCAACAACCAGCUGCACGAUAUCUCUCCCCACGCCUUUGACGACUUCACAGGAACCCUGGAAGACCUGGACCUGUCCUACAACAACCUGGUGGACAUCCCCUGGGAGACGAUAGGUCGUCUAACCAACGUCAACACCCUUAACAUGGACCAUAACCUUAUAGAGCACGUGCCCCAAGGGAUCUUCACCAACCUGCACAAGCUGGCGCGUCUAGACAUGACUUCCAACAAGCUGAAGAAGAUCCCUCCGGAUCCACUUUUUCUGCGCAUCCCCGUCUACGCGAAAGCCAAAGGAUCCCCUCAGUCGUCAUUGGUGAUGAGUUUUGGUGGAAACCCGCUCCACUGUAACUGUGAGCUGCUGUGGCUGAGGAGGCUGACCAGGGAAGAUGACCUGGAGACUUGUGCCUCUCCUCCAGACCUCACAGCCAAGUACUUCUGGACCAUCCCAGAGGAGGAGUUCAUCUGUGACCCUCCGGUCAUGACCAGGAAGUCUGCCAAGACCUUCACCAUGGAGGGCCAGCCGACCAGUCUGAAGUGCAAGGCCAACGGAGACCCGGACCCCGAGAUUCACUGGAUUUCCCCCGAGGGCCGUCUGAUCUCCAACACGUCACGGACUGUCACCUUCAGCAACGGCAGCCUGGACAUCAACAUCACCUCCAUGAAGGACUCUGGAACUUUCACCUGCAUUGCCUCCAACGCGGCGGGGGAGUCCACGGGCCAGGUGGAGCUGGUGGUCAACCUCCUCCCCCACCUGGCCAACAGCACCAACCGGCUACGGGAGCCCGACCCUGGCCCUUCAGACAUCCUCACUUCGGCCAAGUCCACCACGGCCACGGACAACGACACACGGAGGAACCAGGAGGGAAGGGUGCUGAUGGCGGAGCUGACAGCUAGCUCAGUGCUGAUCAAAUGGCCAUAUCAGAACCACGUCCCUGGGAUCAGGAUGUACCAGGUCCAGUACAACAGUUCCCUGGAUGACACGCUCAUCUACAGAAUGAUCCCGUCCACCAGUCAGGACUUCCUGGUGCGUGACCUGGUGUCAGGGCGCGAGUACGACCUGUGUGUCCUGGCGGUCUACGACGACGGCAUCACCUCGUUGACGGCCACGCGGCAGGUGGGCUGCGUCCAGUUCAUCACGGAGACCGAGUACAGCCAGUGCCAGGCCCUCCACAGCCAGUUCCUGGGCGGCACCAUGAUCAUCAUUAUCGGUGGCAUCAUCGUGGCCUCCGUGCUCGUCUUCAUCAUCAUCCUCAUGAUCCGCUACAAGGUCUACAGCCACCAGGGUAUGGACACAGGCAAGGUGGGCACCCUGGCCAACAUCCGUGCCCAGACCAACGGAGGACAGGCUGGGGGACAGGUGUCCCACUCUGGGUCUAAAGUUACAGAGAGUCAGGAGGAGCAGCAGGAUCAUGCCUUUGCUGGGGUGGGAGUAGGACCAGGGACAGGGUUAGGGGGGUGUGUGAGUGGAGUGGCAUCGCCUAAUGCCACCCUAAAGAACUCUAACACCAUGGCGCUGGUGGUUGACUGUGAGAAGGCGGUGCAGAUCUCAGACAUGACUGCUGAGGACCUGCUGUCGCCAAGUAAGAGGCGUCACUCCAGGACUGCCUUUGAGAUGAAGAGGAGAGCCUCCCUCACACCCAGAGAGGCCACCAUCGUCGAUGUGGGGGGAAACACGCCAGCGCCCGUGGCCGCCGACGACGACAAGAGGGCUCACCGAGACUGGAGUGACUUUAAAAUUUGAUGACUCCCUUCUGCUUCUUCGGGCGAGAAGCAGCCAUCAACCUCCAAGAAAUAUUCCCAGGAUUCCAGGAAUCAAGGAGAUUGGAUUAUAAAUCAGGAACAUUUUUAGGACUCCUGCCAGACAUCCUCCUUGCGUCCUCCAUAGUUCACACUGUAUUUACAGACCCCCCAUGAAAACACCCCAAGAUGGAUUUAAUAAGGACUCAAUUCACCAUCAUAAUCUAAUGGAUUGGAGCUAGACGAGCCAACGGCCUCGCCAGUGGAUUUUGAAACGUAUUGCCUUGUAAUCCCUCUGUGGCUCAGACUGUCUGUGUGUCCGCUGUUCCUGGCCCUGUACUUGGGACCAGGACUUGCCAAUACCUGGACCUGCUCAUAAUGUACCUUACUUUACCUGACUGUCUUCAAACUCAGGAUGGGGACCCAGCCAAAGGUAUGUGCUGUGUUUCGUCCAUCCAGACUCCGAGGACCCAUGGACAUAUAGGAGGAAGAACUCCAACCAGAAGGGACUAAGCAAACUGAACCGCAUGUCUGUGCAUCACCACCACCUCUUCGUCACAAUGGUCUUCAUCACCCUCUCCUCCUGUGUGUUGCGUUUAUUUAUUUUCUCACCUUUGAGCUGAACCCAGGGAGAACUGAAUUGAACAGACAGACUUAAAGGGGAAUAAACGCUCACUGCUGGGGACUCACCUUCUGUGUUCUCCGUCAAUUUUUAUUUGGCUUUAUCUUUUGUAUCUGUACAUAACGCAAUUCCAAAUCUUAUAGUUUUGUACAUGUAAUUUUUCUGGUGUGUGAAAUUUUUCUAAUAAAAUAAAAAAAAGUGGAUUAAUUCCCUAGAGACUAA